CUUGACAUUUCUGCUGUAUUACAUACUACAGGGCCAUAUCAUCGGCCUUGUGUUGCACCUUGAUUCGUGCACCCUGGAUAUUCUCCGGUGGGGCGAGCGCCAAUCGUGAGCCCCCAUUUCCCAGCAGGGAGCGACCGACACCCCACUCUCAUCCCGCUGGCGCCCUGGACGGGCCAGCCGCAGUCCCUUUUCCACUUGCCAGCAGGUGCCAUAUACUGUGUGUACCCACAGCGAGAGCGCAUACCCGAUACUCGAGGAUCGAGACAUUUAGAACCUUGGAUGGGGCGAGGCCAUCGAUCAACUUCCCUCGCUUGCCAUGAAGUCGGCCACGCUUCGAGGACUGCGGCAACUGUUGUGGCCGAAGAACGCCAGCAGCUCCGAUGGGCCGCAAAAACUGAGGCCAACGGCCUACCUGGAUGGACUGAGGGGGUUCGCCGCGUUCUUGGUCUACAUCCACCACCACCAGCUAUGGGCACACGGCAUGAAGAAGUCCGAAAUCUUCGAAAACGCGUUUGGAUAUAAGGGGGAGUUCCAUCUGGCAACCUUCCACUUCUUACGGAACUUCUUCACCGGCGGCCACGUCGCCGUGGCCGUCUUCUACGUCAUCUCGGGCUACGUCCUUUCAGUGAAGCCCCUAUCACUCAUCCACGCCGGCGAGCAUCUCAAGCUCUUUGACAACCUCGCGUCCGCCUUCUUCCGCAGAUGGUUCCGGCUGUACAUCCCUCUCAUGGUGACGACACUUGUCUAUGUCACCUCGUGGCAUGUGUUCGGGAUUUGGAACGCGGCAUGUGAGCCCAAGGGGACCAUCGGCGAAGAAAUCUGGAACUGGUAUGUCGAGUUCAAGAACUUCAGCUUCCUCUUCAAAGAGGGGUGGAUGUGGGUCAACUACAACACGCAUCUGUGGUCGAUACCGCUCGAGAUGAAGGGGUCCAUCAUCACGUUCACAGCCUGCAUUGCGCUGGCGCGGGCGACAUCCAAGGCUCGACUUAUAUGCCUGCUCGCUCUUGUCAUCUACUUCCUCUACAUCGUCGAUGGCUACUACUGCGCCUUGUUCGUCGCAGGCAUGCUACAGUGCGAUCUGGACUUACUCGCAAGGAAGGAUGGUUAUUUCCCACGGUUUCUCCGGCGCUUGGAGCCCUACAAGACCUUCAUCUUCUACCACUUCUUUUUCAUCGGCCUGUGGCUCGCCGGCGUCCCAUCUCAGAACAACAAGGUGGAGCAGCUGCGGGAGAACCCGGGGUGGUACUGGCUGUCAUACCUCAAGCCGCAAGCCGUCUUCGACUACAAGUGGUUCUACCUGUUCAUCGCGGGCAACAUGCUGGUGGCGUGCAUCCCGCGCAUCGCCUGGCUCAAGCGAUUCUUCGAGUCGCGCUUCUGCCAGUUCCUCGGCCGCAUCUCGUUUGCGCUCUAUCUCGUCCACGGGCCGAUCCUGAACACGAUCGGCGACCGCGUCUACUACGCCGUCGGCUGGGUCCGGGCGCCAGACGACAAGCACGCGCAGAUCGCGCACUGGGCGAAUCUCUUCCCUUUGCCUAAGACCGGGCCGAUGGGCCUGGAGAUUGCCUUUCUUGUCCCCAACAUCUUCCUACUACCGCUCACCUUGUAUGUGGCCGACAUUGUGACGCGGGCAGUGGACGAUCCGGCGGUCAAGUUUGCCGCGUGGCUGUACAAACGAAUUCAGGGCGGCGAAGCAACGGAUGCGAAGCCUAUUGAGCUGGCGCCCUUAAUGCGGGUAGACUGAUGCGGAGGGAUGUGAUGACUUGAUGGGUUGCUCAUCUCCCUUGGCAUGCGGUCCUGGAUCUCGAUAGCUGUACUGUACAAACAUACCCCUUUCUGUAUACCUUUAUUGUGGUUGCUCAGGAGGCGUUCGGAAGGCUUUUGAUAAUUUCGUAUUAGAUGUAAAACGAACAGUGCUGGCCAGAGAAUCGGGACGUCUCACAGACUUGAAAGAGGGACAGAGCUUGGCUGCAACAGUUUCGACAUUGAUAU